CUCAUGCGCCGCGGUUUACCGGCCGCCGCAGAAAUAUUACGUAGAGUUUCAAGAUGGCGUCGCAGUACUAUCAGGAGAUGCAGGAGAGCUUCAAAAAUAACAACAAAAGUCGAGAAUUCCCCGCUCACACAGCUAAAGUUCACUCGGUGGCGUGGAGCUGUGAUGGCAGGAGGCUCGCCUCUGGCUCUUUUGAUAAGACAGCCAGCGUUUUUGUCCUGGAGAAGGACCGUUUGGUGAAAGAGAACAACUACAGAGGUCACGGCGAUAGCGUGGAUCAGCUCUGCUGGCAUCCGACCAACCCAGAUCUAUUCGUCACUGCAUCUGGAGACAAGACCAUCCGCAUCUGGGAUGUCCGCACAACCAAGUGCAUCGCCACUGUCAACACGAAAGGAGAGAACAUCAACAUCUGCUGGAGCCCAGAUGGUCAGACCAUCGCCGUCGGGAACAAAGACGAUGUGGUGACCUUCAUCGACGCCAAGACUCAUCGCUCCAAGGCGGAGGAGCAGUUCAAGUUCGAGGUGAAUGAGAUUUCCUGGAACAACGACAAUGACAUGUUCUUCCUCACCAACGGCAACGGCUGCAUCAACAUCCUGAGUUAUCCAGAGCUGAAGCCCAUCCAGUCCAUCAACGCUCACCCAUCCAACUGCAUCUGCAUCAAGUUCGAUCCCAUGGGGAAAUACUUCGCCACAGGAAGUGCCGACGCCCUCGUCAGUCUGUGGGACGUGGAUGAACUGGUGUGUGUGCGCUGCUUCUCCAGGCUGGACUGGCCUGUGAGGACAUUGAGCUUCAGUCAUGAUGGAAAGAUGUUGGCGUCGGCCUCUGAGGAUCACUUCAUAGACAUCGCUGAGGUGGCAACAGGAGAGAAGCUGUGGGAGGUUCAGUGUGACUCUCCGACUUUCACUGUUGCCUGGCACCCGAAGCGCCCGCUGCUGGCCUACGCCUGCGACGACAAGGAGGGAAAAUACGACAACAACCGGGAGGCGGGUACCGUCAAACUGUUCGGCCUCCCCAAUGACUCCUGAGACAGAUCUGAUUAGUUGUUCCUGAUUGAAAUAAUUUGCUUGAAUUCUUUUGAUCAGUCAGACCUGAAGGGAGAGCCAGGUAAAAAGGAUCAUGAGUAAACAAAAUAAGUCCAGUCUCACUGGUGCUGCAGGUCAUGAAGCUGCAGUUACCUUCUACCACCAGCAGAUGGUGCAGCAGUUCCUUGAAUACUAUAUUCUGUUUCUAUACAGAGAAAAAAACAGACUCCCAGUGCUGUAAUAUAUUGUUUUUAUGUAUAAUAUCCAUUGUUUUUUUAUAUUAAAAUUGGUCUCUUUGUAAA